CUUCUCCCCCCCGAGACGCAAACACGAGAGCGGGGGCGGACAGUGUCGGGAGCGGGGGAGGCCUCAGCGGCGCGUGGGGCUGGGUCUCAUCCCAGCCAUGUGCACCCAGCGCGGCGCCGAGGGCCGGCUCCCCUCCCCGGGAGGACGGAGGAGGAGGAGGAUGAAGGGAAGCAGAGGGCAGAGCAGCCGCGGCUGCUAAGGUGCUGAGAAUUUGCAGCUCCUGAGAAGGUCAAUAAAAAUUGAAAUGGCUCUUGAAGUUAAAUGAGGCUGGAUAAAACACAUAAAUGAAACAAAGACUGCUCUACAUGUGUUAGGGCUAAAAACACCAGAAGCAUUGCUGAUCAGCCAGUCCUGGUAACUUGUCAUAAUGAAGAAAAUUAGUCUCAAAACAAUUCGCAAGUCCUUUAACUUAAAUAAAAGCAAAGAUGAAAGUGACUUUGUAGUGGUCCAGCAGCCGUCAUUAAGUGAAUUUGGAAAAGAUGACUCCUUGUUUGGCAGCUGUUAUGGUAAAGAUUUGGCUAGCUGUGAAGUCAACAGUGAAGAUGAAAAAGGCAAAAAUAGAUCAAAAAGUGAAAGCUUAAUGGGUACGUUAAAAAGGAGGCUUUCAGCAAAACAAAAGCAGAAAGGCAAAGGUAGCACGCCAUCUGUAAGCUCUGCUGAUGACGACACCUUUUCUUCCUCAUCUGCUCCAAUAACCUUCAAAGAUGUGAGAGCUCAAAGACCUUUAAGAUCCACAUCCCUCCGUAACCACCAUUAUAGUCCAACUCCCUGGCCCCUACGGCCAACCAACUCGGAAGAAACUUGUAUCAAAAUGGAAGUGAAAGUUAAGGCCUUGGUCCACUCCUCUAAUCCAAGCCCAGCACUGAAUGGCGUUCGAAAGGACUUCCAUGACUUACAGUCAGAUAAUGUGUUCCAAGAACAAAAUAAUGGAUUAAAAAGUACAGAAUCUCAGAAUGGGGAUUUACAUCUUCACAUUGAUGAACAUGUGCCUGUAGUUAUUGGACUAAUGCCUCAGGACUACAUUCAGUAUACUGUGCCUUUAGAUGAGGGAAUGUAUCCUUUGGAAGGAUCACGUAGUUACUGUCUGGAUAGUUCCUCACCCAUGGAAGUUUCUACUGUUUCUUCCCAAAUGGGCGGAAACGCUUUUCAUGAAGAGGAGAGUCAAGUGGAUCAAGAUGUGGUUGUUGCUCCAGAUAUUUUUGUGGACCAGGCAGUGAAUGGCUUGUUGAUUGGUACCACGGGAGUCAUGUUGCAAAGUCCAAGAGUUAACCACAAUGAUGUCCCUCCACUCUCACCUUUGCUACCUCCGAUGCAGAAUAAUCAAAUCCAAAGGAACUUCAGUGGCCUGACUGGCACAGAUGUCCACGUAGCUGAAAGUAUGCGCUGCCAUUUGAAUUUUGAUCCUAACUCUGCCCCUGGAGUUGGAAGAGUGUAUGACUCUGUACAAAAUAGUGGUCCUAUGGUUGUGACAAGUCUCACAGAAGAAUUGAAAAAACUUGCAAAACAAGGAUGGUACUGGGGCCCUAUCACACGUUGGGAGGCAGAGGGAAAAUUGGCAAAUGUGCCCGAUGGUUCAUUUCUGGUUCGAGAUAGUUCUGAUGACCGUUAUCUUUUAAGCCUGAGUUUCCGAUCCCAUGGUAAAACUCUUCAUACUAGAAUUGAACAUUCAAAUGGUAGGUUUAGCUUUUAUGAACAACCAGAUGUGGAGGGACAUACUUCUAUAGUUGAUCUAAUUGAACAUUCGAUCAGGGACUCUGAAAAUGGCGCAUUUUGCUAUUCAAGGUCUCGAUUGCCUGGAUCUGCAACUUACCCAGUGAGACUGACAAAUCCAGUAUCUCGAUUUAUGCAGGUUCGUUCCUUACAGUAUCUGUGUCGUUUUGUUAUACGUCAGUACACUCGAAUAGACCUGAUUCAGAAACUGCCUUUGCCAAACAAAAUGAAGGAUUAUUUACAGGAGAAGCACUACUGAAAGCUUAUGGGAUAUUUGCAUCUUGCACUUUGGGAACAACAAAAAAAUAAAUAAAAAAGAGAGAUUGAAAUACAGUUUACAAACUUUCAUAACUAUCAAAAUUUUUUGCUGCCAUAACAAUAUUUCAUUUUUGUGUGUAAAGAAUAGUAAUGCAUUUGUUUUGUUUUUUUUCUUGUUUUGUUUUGUUUUCAGUUUUUUGGGGGGGACAGUUUUUGUUUUUGUUUUUGUUUUUAAGAAUGGUCUCAAGGUUUUUAGAAGUGUGAAAUUACUAUCUUUCAUAAAUGUGCAGAUUAAUCACAAUGUGAAUGAUCAAAUUCUCCUUAUUUUUCCUCAAGUCCUUUGCUGCUAUCCACUGUGAUUUUUAUGCAUUGAAAGCACAUUUCAUGUGUAUUCAACCAUAAGUAAAAAAUCAAAUGAAACUUGUAGAAUGGAAUUUGGUUUUUUUUUCCCCCCUUGAAAUGGCCUAUUGUAUAAAGAUAAUUGUGGAAAAAACAUACUACUAUGCUAAAUUACAGAAUUUAGAUAUACAUUUAAAAUGAUUUCCUGGCAUCCUAACUAAAAAUUUCUGUAGAAGUACCCUAAUUUAGAACUUAUUAAUUGAUAGAGCUGUUUGAUGGAACACAGAUACACAGCCUGUCUUUGGAAAAUCCCUUUUGCCUAAAUAACGUUAUAAUGUGUACACAUUUCUGGUUAUGAGGAGUUGUGUUUCAUUUUCUUAUAAUUUUUUCUUAUCCUUUUAAAAAUGGCCUUUUAAAAUAGUCUUUGACAAUAGCUACAUAAUACAAAUGUGGAAAUUGUAAUAUUUGGAUAAA